AUGUCAAAACGUCGCAUUCACGAGUUGAACUCGUUGAGAGUGAGCCUUCUUCGAGAUACGCUGGAACUGAAAAAGUCUCCUGGAUGCGGAUACACCAGCAAAGUUCAUAUUCGAGAGAAAUAUCAUAUUGUCGGAUUUAUUAGUAGUGGUACCUAUGGCCGAGUCUACAAGGCAAUCGGCAGAAAUAGCCAGAAGCGCGAGUUUGCCAUUAAAAAGUUUGUGGUAAUAAGCCUUCCACAAUUUAUAUCUGCGGAAACUGACAACCACAGAUUUAAACCCGACAAGGAAGGGGAAGUAAUUCAAUACACAGGUCUGUCCCAGUCAGCGAUUCGAGAAAUCGCGUUAUGUUCUGAGUUGUCACAUGCAAAUGUUGUCCAAUUGGAAGAAAUAAUUCUCGAGGAAAAGUGCAUCUUCAUGGUUUUUGAGUAUACCGAACACGACCUUCUGCAGAUUAUUCACCACCACACCCAGCCUCCACGACAUGCCAUUCCCGCUCCAAUGGUAAAGUCCAUUUUAUUCCAGCUUCUGAACGGCCUUCUCUAUCUCCACAGCAACUGGGUUUUACAUAGAGAUCUCAAACCUGCCAAUAUUCUAGUCACAUCGACUGGUGCUGUUCGAAUUGGUGAUCUCGGCCUCGCCCGUCUAUUUUACAAGCCUCUGAAUUCGCUUUUCUCAGGUGACAAAGUGGUGGUAACCAUUUGGUAUCGCGCCCCCGAAUUACUACUUGGGAGUCGACAUUAUACACCUGCCAUUGAUAUCUGGGCAGUUGGCUGUAUAUUUGCUGAAUUGCUUUCGCUCCGUCCAAUAUUCAAAGGCGAAGAAGCCAAAAUGGAUGCCAAAAAGACAGUGCCGUUCCAACGGAACCAAAUGCUUAAAAUUAUCGAGAUUUUGGGCGUACCGAAAAAGGAUACUUGGCCCGGGCUUACAUCCAUGCCGGAAUAUGCACAGCUUCAGUCACUGGCCUUGACACGUGGCGGCAACCAACUGAACAAAACGUCUAACUUAGACGCCUGGUACCACACCUGUAUCAAGUCAGCCGGAUAUCUGUCAUCACCGUCAGGCUCUCCCGGUCGAGAAGGAUUUGAUCUUCUCUCCCGCCUUUUGGAAUACGAUCCGGCAAAGAGGCUAACGGCCAAAGAGGCACUGGAACACCCAUAUUUCUCGACUGGUAGUCCUGUAGCAGCAAACUGCUUUGAAGGUUUUGAAGGGAAGUAUCCUAAUCGGCGAGUUAGCCAGGAUGACAAUGAUAUUCGAACGAGUAGCUUACCAGGCACAAAAAGGAGUGGGCAACCUGAUGAUACAAGAGCGGCAAAACGAAAUAAGGAAGGAUAA